AGUUUCCAAUGUACUGGUUCUCGGUUCCUGCCAUCAUGAAAGGCUGGAUGGAUCGGGUUCUUACCCUUGGUUUUGCGUACACCUCGGAAAAGCGCUACAGUGCAGGCAUCUUCAGGGAAAAGAAAGCCAUGUUGUCAUUCACCACUGGUUCCCAUGAGACCAUGUUCAGCUCCAAUGGGAUCAAUGGAGAUAUGAAUGUUACUCUGUGGCCAGUUCAGAAUGGUGUCCUCAAUUACUGUGGCUUCCGGGUCCUCGCACCACAGGUCUUCUGGGCACCCACACAUCUCUCUGCUGAGGCUCGUGACAGCCUGUUGAAAGAAUGGCGUACUCGUCUUCAAGGUCUUUUAAGCGAAGUGCCUCUCUCCUUCCCACCCGUAGACAGUUUUGAUAAGGUGAAAGGCUUUCAGCUGAAGCCUGAAGUUCAUGAAAAGCAGGCUGAUUCCCCCUUCGGUCUCACUGUGGGUCACCACCUGGAGAAACCUCUGCCACCGCACAGUCAGAUGAAAGCUGGGGUAUGAGAUAUGAGCAACUGUCCCCAUGUGGCAUGUUCCUGUUUAACUGUCAUGAAGGUUA